GGAGCCGGGAGAGAAUUCAAGAGGGAUCCUCGCUAAUAACGUUCAGUUGCAUUUUCCCACUACAAAAAGUAACAAAUGAAAUGUUAGUCUCUUCGCUUCGCAGUCAUUUCUUCAAACACCUUUCUUGCACCACCACAACCACCUUCUGCUUCUUCUUCUCCGCCCGGCACAUUCACCACCGCCUCACUCCCCGUACAUGUCUUCGCGCCCUCUUCCCGCCCCUUUCUUCUUCAUUAACCAAAACUCGAACCCAAUGGGGUUUAAAUUCGAUCACUGCAACAAAGUUCUCGACAACUGCUUUCUCAGACACCGGUUCCUCCACGUUUCCUUACCUUUCUGUUCACAUUCAAUGCCGUAAAGACGUUGCUGAUAUGCUCUCAGAAGCUCUUUUAUGUUUUGGUGCGAGUUCUACCAGUAUGGAUGAACAAGACAAUUAUGAGAAUGAUGAUGAGAUCUGCAUUAGUUCCACUUUUUCAGAUUGCCAAGAUGUGGAUGAGUGCGUUUCACAUGCUGCCAAUUCCAUAGGUUUGAAAGAGACACCUAGUUACAAAGUCAUAAAGGGCGACCAAUCUGACUGGAUAAUGAAAACGCAGGAAUCAUUUCAUCCAGUAGAAAUUUCUGAGGGACUUUGGGUUGUGCCCGAGUGGAGAAUUCCCCCAGACCUUCAAGCUACAAAUAUAAUUCUGAAUCCUGGAUUGACAUUUGGAACUGGAGAACACCCUACUACGAAGUUGUGUCUAUUGUUGCUUCAUAGCUUAAUAAAAGGAGGAGAACUCUUUUUGGACUAUGGCACAGGUUCUGGAGUUCUUGCAAUAGCAGCUAUCAAGUUUGGCGCUGCCUUAUCUGUUGGGUUGGAUGUAGAUCCCCUAGCAAUUAGAUCUGCCCAAAAGAAUGCUUCAUUAAACAACAUAGGAGCUGAGGAAUUGCAAUUGCUACUUGUCCCCACCAAGGAUAACCGUCCCAUUACAGAUGAAGUGAUUUUUGGAGGUGUGGAAGGGCAGAAUUUGUCUGGCACCAGAGUCAUCUCUGAAACAGAGAAGUAUGAUGUGGUCAUCGCAAACAUACUUUUGAAUCCUCUACUAGAUUUGGCAGAUCAUAUUGUUUCAUUUGCCAAGCCUGGAGCUGUUGUUGGUGUCUCUGGUAUCAUAUCUGAACAGAUACCAUAUAUUGUAGAACGAUAUUCACAGUUCUUGGAAGGUAUUUCAGUGUCAAAGAUGGAUGACUGGGCUUGCAUUAGUGGCACUAAGAAGAGGAAUGCAAUUGCUAGCUGAAAGAGACAUGGCUUCAUUGAAACAAUGAGUGUGUGACCUCUCCAAUUGGGAAGUUUGAAGCUAGCACUGACUGGAUUGUUCAAAGUCAAGUCAGUGGUGUCGAGCAUUUUGCAUGCAGUUGUGAGUUGCUGUUUUGGCCAUUUCGAGUCCAAAUGUGAACAUUUUUUUUCCCUCCAGAAAUGGUGGAUUAGCUUUCUCUGAGUAGAACUGUAAAAUUUAGCUUCUUAUGUAUCAUGUAUCUCUCAGCAAAACUUCUAAACAAGAUGAGAAAGCUCUAGAGUUUGACAGGACUAUCUCAGUGCCAGAAUUUUAGGAGCAAUGGACUCUCUCUCUCUCUCUCUCUCUGUCCAAUGAUAAGUUUCAUGGCCAAUCAUUCUUUUAUUUCAA